GUCUACGCUGAUCUCGGAUGUAAUGUCCCGGAUUGGCCAGAGCUACGGCAAUUUUGAGGCUCCUCAGUGGCAGUGUCUAACUGGCACUCGGGACCGCACUGUCCUGUACGAGAAGAGUAUCGAGCACACUGCCGCGGCUCUUGCUUUCACUGCCCAGCUUAAUUACGAGCUGAACAACGAGGUCCAUACGAGCAGGACCCUCGCCCAAGAGGAGAGGGACCUCCACCUUAAAGCGAAUGACGACCUGAAGGCAGUGAAUACUAAGCUCGAGGCAGUGGUUAAGGAGCGUGAGGAAAUGGCCAAGGAGCUCGGAAAGCUGAAAAACGAACUCGAGGAGCAGAAGAAAGACAACAUCCAGCUUCGGGAGACCAACAAGAAGCUCGAGGAAGACAAGGCCGUCACCCUCGACCUCAUGGAGGAUAUCAAAACCCGCCUUACUGCUGAGUUCAAAGAAAAAAAGGAAACGGCGGUCGAUUCAGCCAUGUACCGGAUGUGGGCCUAUAACGAAGAACUGGACACCAGUUUUUUGGGUCCCCUCGAGGCGUCCUUCCUCGAACGAUGGAAUGCCCGGCUCGAGAAGGAAGAGGCUGACCAGCUCGAGAAGGAUAAAGCUACUCCGAGUACUGUUUCGGAGGGAGCUCAGGAGGAUAGUCAUGCUAUUCGUCCUGAGGGGUCCGGUGCCACUGAUGCUGAGAAGGCCAAGGAGACUCCUCUUCUUUGAAUCUGACCUCGGGGAGAUCAGUUUUCGGGGCUGCGUCCCAUUAUUUCUGUAAUUAUUUCAACUUGUGCCCACGGGGCUGAUACAAUUCCCUUUAUUAUUCUUUUAUAUACUUACAUUUCUUGGUUCGAAAUAUUUUGCAUAUUUUUAUAAUUGAUGGACCGGUUAUGUUUAUUUAUGCAUACAAACAUAGUUUGGAUUUAGGCUCGAAAUUCGAUGCAU